AUGAAGACCGAUAUGAAAACUACAUCCAUGACCCCACGAAUGAAAGGACCCGAGGUAUCUACAGAAUUGAAAUUCGGUACCACAGGACAGCACACUCAAGAACAACAUAAUUCCAUGACCCCUAAUGCCAUGACUCCAGAGGCCUGCAAAUCAGAACACGUUUUGGCCACAGAGGAAGACGAUGAAAAGGAUCAUCAGAUUCUCUUGCAUACUUUUCAAAAACAGUCCAAUGGAAGGAUGUCCAACACCUUGAAAGAAAUGUUGCAAUCUAGAGCCAUGAUGAUGAAGGAGUAUAAAGAGCUAGAAGCCAACAUCCGAUCUGAGGAAGCUGACCUGUUGUCCUAUAGCGAGCUCAUGGCCGUGAAUUAUAGAAGUGUCUUUGACCAAAUCAAGGUAAUGUGUCCCGACGUAUUCGAAGAAGACGACCCGAUGCCAGAAGCGCUGGCGAUCAACCGUGAGAAGGUGCCCUGGUUAGACUGUCUCCAUCGGGAUAACGUCUUCACGCCGCCUACCAUGGCAUGCUCCCAAGCCCAACCGACUAGCGAUGGUAACCAAAGUACUGCGGCGAACACUCCAAUAAAUUUCAAAGCUGGCUGA